UCGAAUCGUCUGCACUCUCGGUUUUCGGAUCGAGUCUUUCCUUUGCUUCGAUGCCGGUCUCUUUAGAGAGUAGCUGAUUUAUCGGUAGUAGUAAGGCAUUAAGUAGUACAUAAAAUGGAGCGUGAUAUACGGCAGAGGUCGAAAUUUGCUUCCUCUGCAUCUUAUCCACGCACCCAAUAUCUAUUCGAUGAUAAAGAUUCGAAGAAAUACUAUCAUCAUCUUCUGAGCGAGAAGACUUCUUUAGUGAUCUUAUUCUACUUUGGAACAUUGUUUAUGAUUGUUAUACAAACAGAUAAUUAUCUACCUAAACCUAAAACAGUUACAGAAACUGUUCACGCGGAUCGCUUGACCGAAAGGUUUAGCGAGCAAAGAGCUAGAAAUUAUUUAAAUGAAUUAUCAAGUAUAGGACCGAAACCCACUGGAAGCUACGAAAACGAAGUAUUGGCAUUUGACUAUCUUCUCAGGCAGUUACAGCAUUUACAGGCAACUUCUGGUAAGGUAAACCGUAUGAGAGUGGACGUACAGAAGCCGAACGGUUCCUUUUCUUUAUCGUUUUUCGAUGGACUAACUUCUUGUUAUAGAAAUAUUAAAAAUAUUGUUGUGAAAGUUUCUCCGGAUAAUCCCGUCGGCGGAAACAAGAGCCUAUUGAUUAAUUGCCACUAUGACUCGGUUCCGACCAGUCCAGGUGCUAGUGAUGACGGUGUUAGUUGUGCCAUAAUGCUUGAAUUAUUAGUUAUAUUUACUCAGCAUCAGAAACCAUUACCUCAUCCUUUAAUCUUUCUUUUUAAUGGUGCAGAAGAAAAUUUACUUCAGGGUUCACAUGGAUUUAUUACACAACAUCCUUGGGCAAAAGAUAUAACAGCAUUUAUAAACAUUGAAGCAAGUGGAGCUGGUGGAAGAGAAUUGUUAUUUCAAAGUGAUAAUAAGAAUCCUUGGUUGCUUCAGGCCUAUGCUUCUGGAGCAAAAUAUCCGCAUGGAGAUUUAAUAGCUCAUGAAGUUUUUCAAAGUGGAAUGAUUGCUGCUGAUACUGAUUUUAGAAUAUUUAGAGAUUAUGGAAAAAUUCCAGGUCUUGAUUUUGCAUUUGUAAAAAAUGGUUAUGUUUAUCAUACAAAAUAUGAUACUCCAGAUUUUGUACAUCCUGGAAGCAUUCAAAGGACAGGUGAAAAUCUGCUUGGCUUAAUUGAAAAUGCCCUUAACUCACCAUAUUUAGGUCAUCCAGAAAAAUUUAAGAGUGGAAAACUUGUAUAUUUUGACUUUUUAGGGCUAUUUUUUGUAAAUUAUCCUGCUAGUAUUGGUGCUAUAUUAAAUAGGAUUAUUGUUGUGUUACCCUUGAUUCAAAUUUUCAUGAGAAUACGAUUUGCAUCAGGACCAAAAAGUAGUCCAAUUCAUGAAUUGAAAAGGCUUCUAACUGCUUUGGCAAUAUCUAUUGGAGCAUUAUUUGUUUCUUGUUUUGUGUGCUUCAACAUAGCUUUCUUUCUUGGGUGCAUUGGUGGUGCAAUGUCUUGGUACAGUAAACCGUAUUGGAUAUUUGGAUUAUAUGUUUGUCCUUCUAUAGCAUCUAUGAUUGCAUUGCAUUGGUAUUUUGUAAUCAGAAGAAGGAAGGAUGGUGGUGAUGAUUGGUUAGCAGAAGAAGUUAAUUUUGAAGCUGCUCGAUUAUUUUGGAUUAUGCUGAUGUGCAUUAUCAUGGGUUGUAAUUUUCAUUCAGUCUACACCAAUGCAUGUUUCUUAUUUUUUCCUACUGUCUUACGCCUGUUAGGAGAUUCGUGGGUGAAAUCACCUGAAAAAGAUUCAAAUAAGAGAGUGGUUAUUAAUUUAAUUAUGCAAUUUUUUCCACUGUUGUUGGCACUGUCAGAUGUUUGGUUAGUAUAUGAAAUAUUUAUUCCAAUUAUGGGAAGAACAGGUGCUGCUAAUCAACCUGAAUAUUUCAUUGGAAUUAUAACUGGAUUUUUUACCUUUUGUAGUUUCUCAUAUAUUAUAACUUUAAUACAACUUGUAAGAGAAAUUUAUAAAACAUUGAUAACAUUAGUUGUAAUUACAAUAGUAACAUUAGCAAUUAUUUGCUUAACUCCACUUGGAUUUCCUUAUUCUGACAAUCCCAAAAGUCCUUCAUUGCAAAGAUUUUUUAUUAUGCAUAUAGAACGCACAUUUCAUAAUAAAGCUGGUGAAAUAACAGCAAAUGACUGGGGAUUUUGGAUUGUACCAUUGGAUUUUAAUGGACCAGAGUCCCUUUAUCCACACAUUUCAGAACUUAAAAAUGCUGAAUUGAUGGAUUGCAGUAAAGAAUUAUAUUGUGGAAUGCCUUAUUAUUUUCCAGUUGUGACAAAACUCAGCAAAACAUAUUAUUUGAAGUCAGUAAAACCAAAAAUUCAUACACACAAAAAAUUUCAAUUAAUUUCUUAUAAAGCAAUGGAUAAUAAUAUCAGAAGAUUAAUAUUUCGUGCCACAGGACCUAGUCAUAUGGGAGUAGUAUUGUGUCCUUAUCAGCAUAUUUCUAUAGUAAAAUGGUCGUUUGGUGAUGGUAAACCUUUUGCGGGACCAAAGUGGCAAGGUCGCCCAACUUACUUUAUUUUUUAUUCCUAUGGUGAAAAUUCACCGCCUUGGGAAUUUUGGGUUGAUUUUUCUGUCCCACCGGAUUAUCCCAAACAAAAUGCUGUUGUGGAUGUUGCUUUUGCUUCACAUUUUCUUCACGGUCACGAUUCGGUCACAGCGCCUUUCAAAGAAUUUCUAGAUAAAAUGCCAUCGUGGGUUCAUAUUACACCGUGGACAUCUACCUAUGACAGUUAUAUCUUUUAAUUUUUAUAAUAUUGCAUGACUAGAUCAGUUACACGAGGUUAUGAGAAUAAUCUCGGUUAGAAUUGUUAAUGGCAAAUUUAAAAUAUAACAACUUUAUUGCUAUAUUUUUCAUCAGAAAAAAAACUACACCAUUAUUUAAUUAAAUAAUAAUAGAUAAAUAUAGAACAUAAAAUUAUAAAUUAAAGGAUAACAUUUCCAUUCUAAAAUCUAAAAUGAUAUAAUUUUACACAAAUAAUCUGGUUUACAUCAAAAAAAAUAUAACUUAUCUAAUAAAUCUGAACUUAGUCAUAUCAUUUAAUAAUAAUUACAUAAGAAGAAAAAAAAUUCAAUUUAAAACCUUUCUUGUCUAGUCAGUCAUUAGUCAGAUAUAUAAAAAUAGCAAAAACAAUAUUUAGGAUACAUCUGUGUCAUACAACUCUUUAAAAUCAAAUAUUUUUAUGUUUAAAUUUCAUUUAUUUCUCGACUUAAGUGAGAUGAACCCAAUUUACAAAAAAAAAAAGGAAAAAACCUUGAUGAAUAUUUUAUCUGCCUUUGAGCAAUUUAUU